AUGUCACCAGAAUACCGUGCCACGCUUCGCAAAUCUCAACUUCUUUCCGCAUCUGAUGUACAGGACCGCCAUCCUCUCCGCCUAGCAUCUUUGCUCCUGUCUCUUCUUUCGAUAUGUUUGUCAGGAGCCAUAAUAGGCACGACUGCAGAUGCAUACUCCAUUUACCACAAGGAGUCUAACGCUAUGAAUCCAUGGUGGCUACCACUGUGGCCAGACCAUUUCGACACUGGCGGGGCAAGAAGCCUAAUCGGAGCUGGCGCUGGCGUUAUCCUGUUUAAUGGAAUCUAUGUUGCGCUUUCCUUAACACCAAAGCUCAACUUUCACGCCGGUUCCUUUCGUGCCAUGUUGUCUGCCGUUAUGUUCUCAACAGCAUCAGCUCUUCUUGCCCUAGUGAGCAUCGUCUAUUCGGCAAUUCUCAACCGCAGCGGGCGAAGUCGCGAAACGAUCCAGACAUGGACCUGUCGCUUCUCUACUGGCAUUCCCCUCAGUUCGAUCGACAUCAACGACGCUGACAAGAACCUAACCAAUGACUCAUUUCAGAAAGUGUGUGCUGAGAGCAGGUUCGCAUUUUGGGCACUUGUCGCGGUGGUGAUUCUCCAAGCCUUGUUGUUCUGUACCUCCAUUGCUCAGUGGUCAACAAGCUUUUGGGCAAGGACAAGACGGACUCUGGAUGACGGGCGUCCGGACACGGGAACAGAGAUGGAAAGCCAGAAAGAUUUGAAGCUUAGCGGAGAGUUUCCGAAGAAUAGCUACUAA